CAGGAGCUGCAGAGGGGGGCGCGCUACCGGGUCCUGGGGGCGGGGCUCCCCUGGCCCCGCCCCCGGCGGCGCCGCUCAGCCUCCCGCCCCGCCCCUCCGCGCGUGACCUCGGCCCCGCCCCCGCGAGCCCCUGCCCGUCCCCGCCCCCGCUCCCGGUCCCUCUGUCACUUCCUGAAUCCCGCUUCCUGCUUCCCAGAGGCCGGGAUCCGGAGCCUCCCGAAGCCGGUGCCGCAGCCCCCGGCUACCCCGGUGCCCCCGACAUGUCCUUCCGCAAAGUGGUCCGGCAGAGCAAAUUCCGGCAUGUGUUCGGGCAGCCGGUCAAGAACGACCAGUGCUAUGAGGACAUUCGCGUGUCCCGUGUUACCUGGGACAGCACCUUCUGCGCUGUCAACCCCAAGUUCCUGGCAGUGAUUGUGGAGGCCAGUGGCGGGGGUGCCUUUCUGGUGCUCCCCCUAAGCAAGACGGGCCGCAUUGACAAGGCCUACCCAACGGUGUGUGGGCACACGGGACCUGUCCUGGACAUCGACUGGUGUCCCCACAAUGAUGAAGUCAUAGCUAGCAGCUCGGAGGACUGCACGGUCAUGGUGUGGCAGAUCCCAGAGAAUGGGCUGACCUCCCCACUGACAGAGCCGGUGGUGGUACUGGAGGGGCACACCAAGCGAGUAGGCAUCAUCGCCUGGCACCCCACGGCUCGAAACGUGCUGCUUAGUGCAGGCUGCGACAACGUGGUACUCAUCUGGAACGUGGGCACAGCAGAGGAGCUGUACCGCCUGGACAGCCUGCACCCUGACCUUAUCUACAACGUCAGCUGGAACCGCAAUGGCAGCCUGUUUUGCUCAGCAUGCAAGGACAAGAGCGUGCGCAUCAUCGACCCCCGUCGGGGCACCCUGAUGGCAGAGCGGGAGAAGGCUCAUGAGGGGGCCCGGCCCAUGCGAGCCAUCUUCCUGGCAGAUGGCAAGGUGUUCACCACGGGCUUCAGCCGAAUGAGUGAGCGGCAGCUGGCACUCUGGGACCCAGAAAACCUCGAGGAACCCAUGGCCCUGCAGGAACUGGACUCGAGCAACGGGGCCCUGCUGCCCUUCUACGACCCUGACACCAAUGUGGUCUACGUCUGCGGCAAGGGCGACUCCAGCAUCCGGUACUUUGAGAUCACAGAGGAGCCCCCCUACAUCCACUUCCUGAACACAUUCACCAGCAAGGAGCCCCAGCGGGGCAUGGGCAGCAUGCCCAAGCGGGGCCUGGAGGUCAGCAAGUGCGAGAUUGCCCGGUUCUACAAACUUCAUGAGCGCAAGUGUGAGCCCAUCGUCAUGACUGUGCCAAGGAAGGUGAGGCCACCCGUCCCUCUGCUCACUCGCCCCUUUCUCCAGCAGUCGGACCUCUUCCAGGAUGAUCUGUACCCUGACACAGCCGGGCCCGAGGCAGCCCUGGAGGCUGAGGAGUGGGUGAGCGGGCGGGACGCCGACCCGAUCCUCAUCUCGCUGCGGGAGGCCUACGUGCCCAGCAAGCAGCGGGACCUGAAGAUUAGCCGGCGCAACGUGUUGUCUGACAGCCGGCCCACUGCGGCCCUGGGCUCCUCCCGCCUGGGGACCCCUGCAGCCACCACCACUGCUGCUGAUGCCACUCCCAGUGGCAGCCUGACCAGAGCCGGGGAGGCUGGGAAGCUGGAGGAGGUGAUGCAGGAGCUGCGGGCCCUGAGAGCGCUGGUCAAGGAGCAGGGGGAGCGCAUCUGCCGCCUAGAGGAGCAGUUGGGCCGCAUGGAGAACGGGGAUGCGUAGGGCCACAGCCACGCGCCACCUUCAUCUCCUCCUCCGCCCCCUUCCCACUCAGCUUCUGCCAGCGGGUCGCACCGGGCUGGCUGGCUGCCCAGGGCCUCCGAGGCAGCGCAGGGGUCGGUUCCCACCCUGACCUGUCCCGGGCCCAGGCCGAAGCCACCACCCAGCUUUCUUCACUGUUCCUGUGGAGGAUUUCCAUGCCCAGGCGAGCUCCUCCUCCUCUGGGCAGGGACCAUCUCCCCAACCACUGCCCAGCCCUCUGCUCCCUCCCCAGAGGAGGUGGGAAGGUGGGCUCUAUAUUUUCAUUCCAAAUAAAAUUCUCUUUCUAAAAGCC